GUGAUAACAUCACAAAAACAAACAAAACAUAAGAAAAGCGACUUGCUGAACAAGCAACAAUAAUAAAACAGUUUCAAAAGUGAAGCAGAAAAAUAUAUAAACAAAUUGGAAAGUAAAAGAAAUUGUGAAAAACCAAGUGAAGAAAAAUCACACAAAUCAUCAACGCCAAGAAGUAAACUAUUUAAGAAAAACAACAAUAUCUACAACAAGAAGAAACAAAAUGCCAGCUAUUGGAAUAGAUUUGGGUACCACGUUCUCCUGCGUGGGUGUGUAUCAACAUGGAAAAGUGGAGAUUAUAGCCAAUGACCAGGGCAACAGGACGACGCCCAGCUAUGUGGCAUUCAAUGACUCGGAGCGUCUGAUUGGCGAUGCCGCUAAGAACCAGGUGGCCAUGAAUCCAAGAAACACAGUAUUUGAUGCCAAACGUCUGAUUGGCCGCAAGUACGACGAUCCCAAGAUUGCGGAGGACAUCAAGCACUGGCCAUUCAAGGUGGUCAGCGAUGGAGGCAAACCUAAAAUAGGAGUUGAAUUUAAGGGCGUGUCGAAGCGUUUCGCCCCCGAGGAGAUUAGCUCGAUGGUGCUGGCUAAGAUGAAGGAGACAGCCGAGGCAUACUUGGGCCAGAGCAUUACAGAUGCAGUCAUCACAGUGCCAGCCUAUUUCAACGAUUCCCAGAGACAGGCUACUAAAGAUGCGGGUCAUAUUGCUGGCUUGAAUGUGCUCAGAAUCAUAAACGAACCAACGGCGGCAGCACUGGCCUAUGGUCUGGACAAGAAUCUGAAGGGAGAGCGCAAUGUGCUGAUCUUUGAUUUAGGUGGCGGUACUUUUGAUGUGUCCAUCCUGACUAUUGAUGAAGGAUCUCUGUUUGAGGUGCGGGCCACCGCCGGCGACACACAUCUUGGCGGUGAGGACUUUGAUAACCGAUUGGUGACACAUCUGGCAGAAGAGUUCAAGCGCAAAUUCAAGAAGGAUAUGCGCUCCAAUCCCAGAGCUCUGCGACGUCUCCGCACGGCGGCUGAACGUGCCAAGCGUACUCUAUCAUCCAGCUCCGAGGCUACUAUUGAAGUGGAUGCCCUGUUUGAGGGACAUGACUUCUACACUAAAAUAAGUCGUGCCCGGUUUGAGGAGCUGUGCGCCGACCUGUUCCGCAACACUCUGCAGCCUGUGGAGAAGGCUCUGAACGAUGCCAAGAUGGACAAGAGUCAAAUCCAUGACAUUGUGCUUGUGGGCGGCUCCACACGCAUUCCCAAAGUGCAGAGCCUGCUCCAACAGUUCUUCAACGGAAAGAGUCUGAACCUCUCGAUCAACCCAGACGAAGCAGUGGCUUAUGGAGCUGCAGUCCAAGCAGCAAUUCUCAGCGGCGACCAAAGCGGCAAGAUUCAAGAUGUCCUUCUGGUGGAUGUGGCACCACUCUCUCUUGGCAUAGAGACUGCUGGUGGAGUUAUGACCAAAUUGAUCGAACGCAAUUCCCGCAUUCCCUGCAAGCAAACCAAAACAUUCUCAACCUAUGCCGACAAUCAGCCUGGAGUUGCUAUUCAAGUAUACGAGGGCGAACGGGUGAUGACCAAGGACAACAAUGCUUUGGGAACAUUCGACUUGUCUGGAAUUCCUCCGGCACCCAGAGGUGUUCCUCAAAUAGAGGUCACUUUCGACAUGGAUGCCAACGGAAUUCUCAAUGUCACCGCCAAGGAGAUGAGCACGGGCAAGGCCAAGAAUAUCACCAUCAAGAACGAUAAGGGUCGUCUGUCGCAAGCAGAUAUUGACCGAAUGGUGAACGAUGCGGAGCGGUAUGCCGAUGAGGAUGAGAAACAGCGUCAACGAAUCUCUUCCCGCAACAGCUUGGAGACCUACGUCUUCAACGUGAAACAGGCUGCGGAACAGGCCAGUGCCGAUAAGCUCAGCGAGACCGACAAGUCUUCCGUGAUUGAAAAGUGUAACGAGACUGUCAAAUGGCUGGAUUCAAAUACCACAGCCGAAAAGGAGGAGUUCGAUCACAAACUAGAGGAGCUGACUAAACACUGUUCGCCCAUUAUGACAAAAAUGCAUCAGCAGGGUCAAACAGCUGGAGCCAACUGUGGACAACAGGCUGGAGGAUUCGGUGGUCGCUCCGGACCCACAGUCGAGGAGGUCGACUAAAUUAGAUAGAUUCUAUUAUGAAAUAAUUUUUAAUUUUUGUUGAGACUGAUGAGAGUUUAUGGUUUUAAUUAUACCAGAAACCUUAAACAAUUAAGUUCGAUAUGUUAUAGACUUAAGUUAGCAUCAAAUUUAUAAAAUAAAGUAUUAAAUUUUUAUUAUUAAA